AUGGUGUACGGGGGCAAGCCGAGUCGAGGUUGCGGUACCUGCAAGAAGCGAAAGAUCAAAUGUGAUGAAGGUCGACCAACAUGCACACAAUGCGAGAAGAGCUCGCGGGUAUGUCUAGGCUAUAAGGACGAAGCGGACUACAUCUUCCGCAACCAAACCGAAAAGGUGAUCACAAAGACAAGGAAGCCGCGAGCAACAAAAUCUGCCGAUUCAACGAAUAGUCAUAAGGGAAAUGAGGUAACACGUCCAAAGGCCGUUACAACCGAUGUCUCGACCACGUUGCCAGUCACCCUCAACGGCACUCAGCUGGAGUCUACUCCGAACAACCAAUUAGUGCUCAUGCAGAAGCCUUCGCAAAGUGACUUCGACGCAUUGACAACUAUAUGCCAACAACCUUCUUUCUCGAUAGAGGAAGAGGUUGUCAAUGUUUACUUUAGGAAUUUUGCUCGCUUAUACAGAACUCAGGAUACUGUCCGAGGAUUCCUUCCAUUUCUGGCUCCUAUGUAUGGAAACUCUCAGAAGGGUUCCUUGCUACGGACCGCCACUCAUGCAGCAGCAUUAUGUGCCAUAUCACAAUUACCUGAUCAGAAGCCUUUGCAAUAUCGUGCAGCCGACACUUAUGGAAAGGCUAUGCGAAUUGCUGCAGAGGCUCUCCGAGACCCAGUACAAGCAACAUCAGACGAGACUCUACAAGCGACUUUGCUGUUAUGUCUCUACGAGUCUAUCAAGGCUACAGACCACUCUAUCGAUGCAUGGUCAAAUCACGUAGAAGGUGCGAGCGCGAUUGUUCAGAGCAGAGGAACGAAGCAACUCGAAACCGAGCAAAGUUUGGCACUCUUCCGAGCGGCAAGGACCCACAUGCUCAUCAACUGUAUAAGACAAGGCAAGCCUACAAGACAGCUCGAAGCAGGGAUGAACUGGUUAUGCGAUACUACCGAAGACGACCCUCUGGCUUAUCUAACUCAUUGCACCAUCGAACUGCCGUCGUUGAUGGAGAAGACCCGACGAGUGUCUGAGCGACAACGUAACGACGAGAGCAUGGCAGACAUGGAACCGUUGAUUGAGCGAGCUUGCCAUUUGGAAGCGACCAUGCAGAACUGGGCAGCAUCGCUAUCUGAUGAAUGGCUUCCAUACACGACCGACUAUAUACCGGAGAAACCAGUCGAUCCUCUUAACGCAGACGCAUGGGUAGGACCUGUUCACGCCUUUGCCGAUGCACACAAAGCCAGCGUUCUGAACAAGCUACACUCGUGCCAUAUGCUCUGCGCUGCGGUGAUCUUGAACGCACUGGAAUGGCUUCGUCCAUACGACUACCCCAUGGACGACCGCUAUAUCCACACGCGAUGGAUUGAACAGCGCACCGUCGAUGACAUCUGCUCGAGCGUUCCGUUCUUCUUAGGAAUCGGAAGACAAAGGGCACGAACACCGGAUCAAAUGGACACGAUAGCCGACUUGAUCGGUGGCUACUCGCUCAUAUGGCCUCUGCAUGCAGCUGCCAGUUGUCCUCGUAUCUCGAAGGACCAAUGGUUGUACAUCUAUGGUCGUCUUGCCAAGAUAGCAAAAGAGUGUGGGCUAGAACAGGCUCUCAUCAUCUCGUCGGAUUUCAAAGACAGGUCUGUACCUGGUGCUUGA